AUGGGCGAUCAUCGGGCACUUUUGGCAGCCAAGUACGGGGACCUGACCACUUUAAAGCAGCUCUUUGAGGAUGGCAUCCUGGACCAGACCAUCACAGACUCCCUCGGGGCUGGCCUGGUGCACCAUGCCUCCAGAGCGGGCCAGCUGGAGUGCCUGAAGUUCCUGGUAGAGCGAGUCAAGGUUCCAGGGAAUCAGCGGGCUAAGAACAGAGCGACGCCGGUGCAUGACGCAGCCGCCAUGGGCCAGCUGGCUGAACUGCACUGGCUCAUCCGAGAAGGGGGCUACCGUGCUCAGGAUCAGGAUGUGUCAGGGGUCUCCCCGCUGCACCUUGCUGCUCGUUUCGGGCACCCCGUCUUGGUGGAGUGGCUGGUCCAGGAGGGCUGCAAUGUCUCCCUGGAGACCGUGGAGGGAGCGCUUCCUAUACACUAUGCUGCUGUCAAGGGGAACUUGACCUGCCUGAAGCUGCUGGUCGCUGCAGACAAUAGGUGUGUGAACAGGCAGACCCAGAGCGGAGCCUCCCCUCUCUACCUGGCCUGCCAGGAAGGCCACUUACACAUUGUCCAGUUCCUAGUGAAGGACUGUGGGGCUGAUGUGCACUUGCGGGCCCACGAUGGCAUGACCGUGCUACAUGCAGCUGCCCACAGCGGCCACUAUUCCGUUGUGGUCUGGUUGGUCACAUUCACAGAUAUCAGCCUGAUGGCUCGAGAUGAUGAGGGAGCUACAGUGCUACACUUUGCAGCCAGAGGGGGUCACGCACCCAUUCUGGAUCGGCUUCUUCUGAUGGGUGCCCAGAUAAUCCGAGAUCACUGGGGAGGGACCCCUCUCCAUGAUGCAGCAGAGAAUGGGCACCUGGAGUGCUGUCAGACCUUGGUUUCACACCGGGUGGAUCCUGCACUUCAGGACGGCGAUGGCUAUACCGCACUGGACUUGGCAGUCUAUAACGGCCACCGUGACUGCUCUCGGUACCUGCUGGAGGUGCAGAAGCUGCCCCAGCUGGGCACACCCCACCCCAUGGUGCAGGAGCUGACGCAGACUGCUGCAAUAUUGAUGGGAGAUUGGGUGUCACCAGGCCUCUUCCUGGCGUGGCUUGGGUAUCUUCCAUCAAGACUCCAGCAGGAGGUGUUGGAAGUGAUCAUUUCUCCUAUGACAAAUGACCUGCAGUUGUCCCCUGUGAUUUCAUCCUGCUGGGCCAGGGUCCAUACUGCCUUUGCAUCUCCUCCUGGGCCCUGGUUGCUAGAGGGGCUUCGGUCUCCUGGUCAGUUGGAUGCCUGCAGAGAACACCUCUUGCUGCUCACAUUUUUAUUUCUGCCCGCCUGCCCGCCUGCCCGCCUGCCCGCCUGCCCGCCUCCCCGCCUCCCCGCCUGCCUGCCCACCUCCCCGCCUCCCCGCCUGCCCGCCUCCCCGCCCGCCUCCCCGCCCCCCCGCCCGCCCGCCCGCCCACCUCCCCGCCUCCCCGCCUCCCCGCCCGCCUGCCCGCCUCCCCGCCUGCCCGCCUCCCCGCCCGCCUCCCCGCCUCCCCGCCUGCCCGCCUCCCCGCCUCCCCUCCUGCCCGCCCACCCGCCCGCCUCCCCGCCCGCCCGCCUGCCCGCCUGUCAGACUGAGCACUCAGUUGAGGUUGCCACAAUAUACAAUGAGCAUAAAGUCCCCGAGCAAGGGAAGAAGAUGGAACCAGAGGACGACACCAAGGAUAGCCUUAUCUCACUUCCGCUGGAUGAACUGAACCCAUCGGACAUCGAUGCUUUGGUGCCCACCGAGGAUGAGAACGGCCAUCCUAUCCCAGAAUGGAAACGGCAGGUGAUCGUGCGAAAGCUGCAGGCCCGCCUUUGGUCAGAGGAGAUGACAGAAUGGAAGAACAGUGGAGGUGACUCCAUAGAGAUAGGAGACUGGAGGUACUCUCAGACCCACAACGCCAUACUGGGCCCCUAUGGGGAGCUGCUGACAGAGGAUGACCUGGUGUGCUUGGAGAAGCAGAUCGAGAACCUGCAGAUGAGGAAGAAGUGCCAGGAGUAUGAGACCGAGCUGGGGCGCCUGGCCGAGGAGCUCCAGAGCCUCCUCCCUGCUCCCAUUGUCAACAUCACGGUCAACAGUCACUUCCUGAGCCGCAAUCCAGAAAAGGAAGAGUCUUCUCCAGCGACAGCGGUGGAGGGAGGCCACACGCUGCCUUACUGGUGCAACCACAUCUCGGGGAUGGUGAAGAGCAUGUCGGCGCUGCUGAAGAACAUGAACAGCCUGGCCAGACUGAAGGAGACUCCUGCCCCCAAAACCUCAUUCAAGGUCAGGGGGGGUGUCGUGGGCCCCUCGGGGAGCAUGGCGGAGAAGGAGAUUCUGGAGUGUGGCGUAUCGGUGAGAAGCCUCAGGGAUAACUUUGAGAAGCAAGAGAAUCCAGGGCUGGCCUGUGGAGCGAGGGUCCCCUCAGAGAAGUGUCCAGGGGCCUCAUGGGAAGCCGGUGCUACCAUCACAUUCCCCAGGGCGCAGAGUAACGCUCAGGCCGGUGAGAGGCAAGUGUCCGGUGACCCUGAAGAGACCAGCGACUCGGGCAUCAGCUGCGAGGAGGCUAACUCCGAGGUGGGCACCUGCCCCAUCGCCGUGCCUGAUUCCUCCAGCCUGAGGAAAGAGCGGAUCGUCAUGCUUUUUCUGAGUCACUGGAAGAAGUCAGCCUAUACCCCUGCCCUGAAGACGGCAGCCAGGAGGACCCUGGAGUCCUCCAAGACUGGCCUUCCCCAGGCGCCCGCCGUGACUGUCCGAAUGGAGCCGCUCCCACUUCCUGGAGAGUUUCCCCUUCGCGGGCCCAGCAAGUUCAGCCACCUGCUCCAGCAGAGAAGCAUCAUCUCCCACCUGCUGGGCAACUGGAAAGACCUCAUCUCUCACGUGCCCCCGCGGCAGAUCCGACGGCUGAGCCGCCAGCCCGUCACGUACUCCCCCGAGAUGUUCCUGCCUUAUGUCAACGGGGCCCCCGUGGACUACCACAGCCUCACCUUGGAUCUCUUCAUGCUGGGAUACUUCCAGAUCCUGGAGCAGGACCUACCCCCCGAAGAGCGCAAGAUGAGACACCUGCUCUGCUUCGAGGUCUUCGACCACCUGGGCGGCCACAGCUGGGAGACCGUGCGGAGCUUCCACAAAGCCGUGACCGAUGAGAUCGAGGCCGGCCGGAGGAGCUGGAAGGAUGGCUUCGAAGACAUUAAAGCCCGCUUCUUCGGCAGCAGCAGGAAGCCGGUGUGGGAAGCGGAGCCCGUCCGAAAGUCAGGGCUGACUUCCAUCAAGCCGCCGCCCAGGGCCUCGGCCCCGGCUGGCCACCUGGAGCCGAUGGGCCGAAGGCCCGGCAGCUGCUCCGAGCUCGGAAGCUUUAAUAGCGAAGAUAUCUGCGGCUACAUCGACAGGAGCUUUGCCUUCUGGAAGAAAGAAGCAGAGAUUUUCAACUUUGGAGACUGA